AUGGACUUGCCGUCUUUGGUCUUGACGCUGCUCGCGGCGACGCUGCCGCUGCGUCCACGUAUUGAGCUGCAUUGCUCCAUCCGGGACGCAGCGACACUGGCCUCGCUCGUCGCCGUCGUCGGCCCUGCGCUCAACACUGUAACGCUCCGCUACUACAGCGACCGCGUGGUCGAUGGCCAAGGCCGCGCGAUCAGCGACCUCCUUUUGCAGCGCUGCCCACGUCUGCGCCACAUGGAUAUCUCGGUCCAAUCUUAUUCGGAGAACGAGGCCGUCGAGCUCAACGAUCUGCUCGCUGUCGUCGUCCACCCGCAUGUCCACGACUUGUCUCUCAACCUCCAGAGCGUGACUACCGCGCCACGACUCGGGCACCGCUUGGCCGCAUGGCUCUUGACGGCGCCAGCGGCGAAGCUCCGAUUGGCCAAUGUCGCCCAGAUGGACCACGAUGCUGUCAUUGCGCUCUGCGAUGCGCUCCAAGCCAACACAACCCUCCAAGAGCUUACUAUCGACAACGUCCGCGGCCUCAAUGGCUUCCACGGCCACACGCUUCCAUUGUCGUUAAAGAGCUUGGCGUGGAAUGUGCCGUUCUUUAGAUUCGUCGACGCCGCAACGCUGACGGACUUUGCGACCGCCGUCGGGCCCACGCAGCUCGAGCGUCUCGAGUGCAGCGUCUUUGGCCAGCUGGCGACCUAUCCGGCCGCGGCGCCAAUGCUAUCGCAACUGCAGUCCCAUGUCGUCUCCGGGUCGAACGCUGGCUCCAUACCGGCAAUGAUCGCGGGCUUGUC